CAUUUACAAUUAUUAUAUAUUCGUGAUAUGUGGUAGAUCUCAGCCACCUGACCAAGAAAAAGUAGAUCUUGGUCUCACAAAGUUUGGGUACCCCUGCACUGCAAUAGUGCAUCUUUUUCAGUCCAACAGAAUCGGCGUUUUCCUUUUGCUUUUAUUCUGAAAAGUUGUGCAUGACGCUUCACGUCAACUUCCUGUGUUUGCACGCCAGAACUCUGUAGUUUGAAUAGUUUUUGUCUGUUUUUAAAAUAGCUUUGACGGUAUUCUUUUAACAGAUUUUUAGAAUUUUUGCUCGUGUUUGUGUUUUUUUGUACUUUAUUCUGUUCGCAUUACCAUAGUUAAACAAAACCGCUAAAAUCAGGUUAACGGCUAACGUUAGCCGAAAGCAUCAGCAGUUAACCGGUAGCUAGCGUUAGCUUUCAUUUAGCACGAAUCGAGAGCGUUUUAUUCGCAGUUGGCCUUGUGGGUUUAUCAAUUCUCAAAGAGCCCGUUUUGCAGCAGACUAGUGAUGAGAAAGGCCAGAACGGGCGGUGAUGAUGAAGCUGUCCGGCAGAACGGAUCGUCCAGCCGGAGGAGAGCCGAUCAACACCAGGGUGAUGGAGAGGACCAUGACUCGAGCUCCGGUGGUGUGCAAGACGACGAUGAUGACAACGAUCUGGGCCUCAGGAGAGAAAUCCGAAGCAAAUACAGGGACCUCAUCAACUCAGUUCAACAAAACAGAGAAGACAUGCUGAGUCCUUCCAACAACAAGCUCACAGAAGUCUUAGAAGAGGCCAAUAAACUUUUCAAAGAUGUUCGACAGGCAAGAGAGGCAGCGCUCGAUGCUCAGCUUCUCGUUGUGGCUACAGACUUGGGAAAAGAGAAAGCCAGCCAGCUGUUUUCUGAGGGGAGCGCCUUUGAUCCCACUGCUUUUGCUGAACAUCUGUUGUCCUUCAUGGGCCUUAACCGUCUGGAGGACGAGGACGAUGAGCCGCCGAACGGCUGUGCCGGCGAUGGCUACCUCCCCAAAGACGCCUGGCACCGGCUGGCCAGGAAAGCCGAGUGCUGUUUCAGGACGGCGCCUUCUUUCCACUACAUGAUGGGAUCCUUCUACACAGAGCCACCGCCUCCGAAGCAGAGAAUAGAGCGACAAAGGAAAGCACCAAGCAAAGAAGCCAAGAGGAUAAUGCCCACUCAGCUAAAGAAAAUUGAAGAAUCUCAUCAAGAAGCUACAGAGAAAGAGGUUGAAAGAAUCCUGGGAUAUCUGAAGAGUUAUUAUCAAGAUGACCCAUCACCAAUAUCAUAUUACGAAUUUGUCAUCGACCCCAACUCGUUUUCACGGACAGUGGAGAACAUUUUCCACACGUCUUUUCUCAUCAGGGAUGGUUUGGCACGGCUUAAGUUGGAUAGUGACAAGUUGCCUUGUAUAGAACCAGUAGAAGAGGGAGAGGUGGAGGCUGCAGGUUCAUUCAGCCGCAAACAGUGCAUUGUUUCCAUCAGCCCAAAAAUAUGGAGGGAGCUAAUAGAUGUUUUUGAAAUCAAAGAGACAAUAAUUCAGCCUCCAGAGACGCAGAGCGAGUGACAGCGGCGCUUCGUCCUGUAUCACCAGUUUUAAAUAGCAGCUUCUUUCUACGCCCGUUUGAUCCCAAACACCUUUGUUUGGGUUUCAUGGGACCAACUCAUCUUUUUACUGUUUUUGGUCUGUAAGGUUUUUGUGUGUGUGCGUGUUUUUUUUGUUUUUGUUUGUUUUUUAUUCAUGCAGAAAAAUAAACCUCUUUAGGAUUUCACAGAUUAUUUUUUUGUGCCAUGUCAGAAAUUAAACAUGAUUUACAUUGUG